AUGUGUUCAUGCCUCAUUAACAAAGCCAAUCCACCACAUACGGAGCUGACACCAUGGCCAUUGGCUACGAAACCAUGGGAAAUAAUCCAUGUUGAUUACAUGGGACCGAUUAAGGGUUUGCAUUUUCUGAUUAUUACAGAUGCAUAUACCAAGUGGAUGGAGGUUUUUCCUGUAAGCAAGAUAACAUCAUCAAAUACUGUGAGACAUUUAAGGGAGAGUUUUGCCAGAUAUGGAAUCCCAGAGUUGGUGGUGUCUGAUAACGGAACUCAGCUGGUGUCCAGAGAAAUGGAAGAAUUCCUUAAGAGAAAUGGAAUUAAACAUAUGACGUCCCCCCCUGGUCAUCAAAGAUCAAAUGGUCAGGCAGAAAGUGCGGUAAAGAUUUUCAAAAAUAAGUUGAAUACCUACUUGGCUGACCGUGAAAAUGUCAGAGAAGACAUGUUCACUCUGACUUCUAGAUUUUUGUAUCAUUACAGGAAUUCCGUACAUUCGUCAACAUCAGAAACACCUGCCAAGCUAAUGUUCAACAGAGAGAUAAGAACUAGAUGGUCCCUGUUGAAAGACAAAGCCCAUUGUGCAAGAGACACUGCAGACAGCGAAGCUCUUGAGAGUUUGGAAAGGAGCAGAGAAAGACAAAUCCGAAAUUUUAAAGGUGUUAAAAGACAUUUCAGAUUAAACCAAAAAGUGAUGGUGGCAGACUACAAUAAACCUAACAAUAAGAAACAGAGUCGGGAAAACUUUGGAAGCGCCACAAAGACCAGAUCCAUGGCAGAGCGGAACUUGAUGGAAAAAAAAGAAAAUGUUGCAGAAACUGAAUACAAGGGUUUCAUACCUUAUGCUCCUGUUCAUGAUGGAGUGGAUGAGCUCAAAGAGCAUUCCAGUAUCACUGACGAAAACCAGUAUGCAUUGGACACUCCAGGAAGAAACAAGGAUGAAUCAUAUAUCAGGGCAAAAACGUCCGGUGUUGCUAGAGGGAAUGGUAGGGGAGAGUUCCUUUGA